UUGCCUAAUCUGUAUUCAAGAGAUCAGGUUAACAUUCAUAGAUAUAUCACAAUCGCACAAGAUGUAUGUCAUGUUAUUGAGCUGUGUAGCAAUGAUUCUACAGUUAUUUCCGCCUGUUGUACCUUUACUAUCAUCAAGUCCUGCCUCAAUUACAAGGGAAGUUGGUGAUGACAAGGUGUUGAUGUUUAAUGCCAGUACAAACAUACUAGAUGUGUCAUGGGGAAUACGAGAUGGUGACCCUAGUCGUUUUAAACUAGUGCUGAUAGCAAAAGACACUUCUUCUGAAAAGUUAACGCCUAAUGCUGAUUACGCAGGGAGAGUCAGUUUUGUUGGUAAUUUGACAAAGGGUCAGGCUUGGUUGAAGAUCACAAACCUGAACAUCAAUGAUACCAAUCAGUACAUGGCACAGAUAGUUGCAAGAGGAACACCAUCGGGGCAGUAUGACUACAUAUUUAUAAAACUGAUUGUCACAAAACGAGUACUUAUAUCCAAUCCUGGACCACUGACAAGAGAAGUGGGACAAGACGUGGAGUUCAAGGUUAAUAGUACAGCAAUGUCAGAAGCCACAUGGGGAGUACGACUUGGUGACUCAAAUGACCUUAAAAUCACUUUUUACCGCGUAGUCAACCCUGGUGGUGCAUAUCCAGACACCAAGAUCAAUUCAACCAAUUAUGCUGGAAGAGUCAGUUUUGUUGGUGAUCUGUCAAAGGGUCAGGCUUGGUUCAAGAUCACAAACCUGAACAUCAACGACACCAAUAAGUACAUGUCCCUGAUCGUCCUAAAGGGAGAAUCGAGUUACAGAUACAUACCAAUGCAGCUAACUGUUAUAAUACAACUGCCUACUACGAGACCUAUUCAGGCUUCAUCGACGCCGCCUCUCCAGACCACAAGCACACCAAGUAACAUAACGUCAACCACAAUCUCUCUACACAGCACCAGUACUCCCGAGAAUCAAUCACAGCCUGGUGACACAUGUACGUCAAUCAUCGCAACAKGUGUCACUGUCAUCGUUAUCCUUGUGGUGGUCAUCGUGGUCUUAGUCAUCUAUAUUUGGAAAGUAGUGAUAAAUUAUGCGUUCGAAAAAUCAGCAAGAAAAAGAAGUUUGUCAAGUAUUAAAGGGGAGGACCUUGGAGCUUACGAGAAUGCUAAGCCGAUGGAUGGCGCCUUAAAUGUACGAGUCCAUGAGUCAGCCAAGGCAAGAUUUACCGAUAAAGAACUUUAUGAAACAAUAUGUGAAAACAGAGAUAAAGACACCAGCACUCGCCUCGCGUCCACUCAUCCUGGUUUUGGUGCUUUGGCUGUAAAUGAGAUGACUAGACGUGAUUCCACAGCCAGUGCACGUGGUCAAGACCCCUUGCCUUCAUUACCACCACAGCUUUAUCAAGACCUUACAAAUCUACCCAAGGAACAACAGAUGCCAUUAUACGAGCCUCUUAAUAAAGGCAACACUAAGUAUAGUACUGAUGCGACUGAUAAUCCAAAAACAUACGAACAACUGCAGCAGAAUGUGGUAGGAAGAGAGUAUCAGUCGUUGCAAAUCACUCCAAACAAAGAAGAAAGCAAAGUGUGAUAUUUUUUGAGUUUAAUCGCGAGUCAAAACAGAGUAUUAAAGAGUAACUCUUCAAUAUUGGCAAUUCAAUUGUUUUCCUAUAACAAGCUAUGCACCUUUUUUCUUUGACGAAAAAAUGAAGAGAUUGAAGGUCCAAAUACUAGACCAUCAAUCCUUCAGUCAAAUAUCUUGAUAGUAAAGAAUCGAGCAAUGAUGUAUAAAUUAGCAACUUAGCUUCAUUCCAAAUAAAGACAACAACAACAUA